AGCUCUUCUAUUUCCCCUGCACUGCCUGUGCUAUUAUGGAGCCAGGUGAAACCACCUACAUGCUGUUUGAUGAGCUAACCGUGUCCUAACAGGGCUUCAGACGUCCCCGGUUAGGUUUGUUUGACAGCAGGUAAGGCAUGAACCUGAAAGCAGCGGCACCGGAUAAGUGGGCCCAAACCGGCUGGAGAAUAGAGCAGAAGUAUGCAAACAAGGUGCUGUUAGGCAACUGGGCGGAAGACAGGCUUCAGUUCACUCGGGAGCCAAAGACAGACAACAGCACCAAUCGUGUGGACUACCGGCCCCACUGGGACUUCAAGCCAGACGUCUCUGAGAGAAGAUCUGCCCUGCUGAGAGCUGAGGGGCUUCCAUCCAAGUUGCUGUUUGCCCACCAUGCCCCACCAUCCUCUCAUUACUUGGUCACGCAUUAUGAAGAGAGCUACGGGCAUAAGCACACCAAUGCUUUGCCCACUCUGCGACCCUGGCAUCCAGACAGCGGCUCGACAUGGCAGCUUGAGAGGUCUGACCGGCCAAUUUCUGCCCUUCAAACCGGCUCUGGCCCUCUGCGGUCCACAAAGCCCCGUUUGGAAAAGCAGCAGUCACACCUCCCAUCACUGACCGUGUACAGGUCAGCAUACCAGAGGCAACCACUUAGUUCCUUCUGCCAGCGCCACUUUUCCAGGGCUCCACGCGCGCUCUCCAGCCACCUGCACGCAGCCAAUCACAACAACAAGGACCUGGACCUGAGAGGGCGCUCGCUGUUACAAAUCCCGGAUCCCGGUUCCGGUCGGUGUCCACAAUCACAACAGGCUCAGAGGCGACACUGUCGCUCUUGAAUUGCCUCACAUGCUGCUUGUUAAUUUAGAGGCAGUGAUCAAAGUGGUGCGGCUUUGAGGUUCCACUUUUCAGUCAGCCUCGUGAAAAAAAAAUGUAACAGAACAGAACCAUUUGGGAAAUCAAAAGGAAUUUAAAAAAAUUAAACAUGAUUCUCAUUA